AUGAUUGCCAAGAGAAGGCCACGAGCUACGCGACAAGGUCCUGGCUCCGAGACCAAAUCCGCGGGGGUUAAAGUCACUAAAGUAGACAGAGUCAGUGGCUCGGGCUCACAUUUCACAGCUCUAGUAGACGACAAUUGCAUGGAGGAAGAUUUGGUCCAACCAAGUAAGAACUCUACGCCAUGCCCGCCAGCUGAAACUUACUCGGGAAGGGAGUCUAGAGAGAAGGAGCCGGCAGGAGGCAAGGUCAGGUCUACCAGUACGAACAAGGGAGGAAAUGCAAAUGGUCACCCACAUACGACUACCUCCAUGCCCAAGAAGACCGGCGAACCCUCCUCCCAAUUGAAAACCACUAGCGAGGUAUGGAGGGAGACUCUUCCGCAGCAUGGGGACCCUUCCCUGAGUCAGCAGCAAGAGUUGGGAUUAACCCAUCAGCCAAAUACCAUGCCCAUGGACACCAGGGAAGCAGCCGAGGAUGCCUCCCUCACAAACGAUCCUAUCAGUCGAGAUGAGAACAAUCAGACACUCAUUGCGCCUGCAGUGGGCCAUCCUCCUAAUGCCGAUCUAAACUCACUCAGUUUAAUGACAGAAGGGACAAACACCAACGUGAAAUUGAUGCCCGCAGGGAACAGCGAUGGAGCCAUCCAUCAGUGA